ACGCAGCGUCAGACGCAUUGUUACUAGGUACAUGCAUUUUAGUUGUGACUGUUUUCCUACUUGCGUUUAACGCAGCGCGUCGGUAAAUGUCGCAGUGUCUGGACUAGUGUCGCGUACGGACCUCUUGCGUCAAAAGUUUGAUAAUGUCGAAAAAAUUUGUUUUUUCCUCAACUGAGGACGAAAUUUUAAUUGAAUAUGUCCAACAAAAUAGGGAAAUUUUUGACAGUGCUCACCCUAAGCAUAAAGAUAUUCAUUUUAAAGAAAAAAUUUGGAAAAUUUUUUCUGAAAAAGUCGGUAGAACAGAUGAAGACUGCAAAAAAAGGUGGAGGAACAUAAGAGAUACAUAUAUGAAACAGAAAAAAAAACUAUCGACUGGUUUAGCAACUUCUGAAAAAGUGAAUAGGACACUGUCAUACUUAUCGUUUAUGGAUUCAGUUGAAUACGAGAGAAAGACUACAUCAAACGUCAAAAAAUCAAGAAAAUGA